AUGAAUACCAAAAAAAAUAGCACGUUUUACAAAAGGCUGAAAAAUAAAAGAGUCUUAAAAGAAUUCUCGUAUGUUUCUUUUAAAAAGGAAAUUGCGAAAUUGUAUGAGAAGGAGAAGAACAUUUUUAAGCAAACACACAAUGGAGUUCUAUCAUCUGACGACAUGGAAAAAUGUGAACAUCAAAGUGUAGAAGAUGAAGAAGGAGAUGAAGGAGACGAAGGAGAUGAAGGAGAUGAAGGAGAUGAAGGAGAUGAAGGAGACGAAGGAGAUGAAGGAGACGAAGAAGAGGAUGGACAGGAGGAUGGACAGGAGUAUGGACAGGAGUAUGGGCAGGAGGAUGGACAGGAGGAUGGACAAGAGGAUGGACAAGAAGAUGAAGAAGAUGGACAGGAGGAUGGACAGGAGGAUGGGCAGGAGGAUGGACAGGAGGAUGGACAAGAAGAUGAAGAAGAUGGACAGACGGAUGGGCCAAAGAUGCCCCCUGCGGGUAGUCUCGGAUUGCUGGUCAAGGGUAGAAAAGGACAUGUGUUGAAUGGGAGGAGAAAUGGAGAUCUAAGAUCAGGAUUCAUCAAAGGCAGAGAAAGGAACAUAUGCGCUAGCGACCAAGGAGGAAUUAGGACAAAGGAUGAUGUGUGUGAUGAGGACACGGAAAGUUACCAAUCAUGUUUAUUAGAAAAGCGUUUCGAGGUUGUAGAUUACAUGAGUGGGAUGAGCCGCUCAAGUACUAAGAAACAAAAAAAAAAAAGAGAAAAAGGAGAAAAGAACAAAAAGGAAGAAACAGUUUUAAAAGAUGAAGUACGUCAUAAAGUGGAACAAAGUGAGAAGACAAAAAAAGAAGCCGUAAAAGAAGCCGGAAAGGAAGCCGUAAAAGAAGCUGAAAAAGAAGCUGAAAAAGAAGUGAUACGACAAAUAUUGAAGAUCAUCCUAACAAGAAAAAAAAUUUGCGAAAUUGUAAAAGCGCACUUUGAAGAAAACAGAAUAAAAUUCGUUAGCAAACGUAUGAUGAAACAUAUUCUAAAGAGAACAGGAAAAAAUGUGGAUUUCCGUGUUAUCAAGGUUCUGUUGGUGCAGAAUGUAGAUAAGAAAAAUAUUAAGAGUACGCUUAAUACAAAAGGUAAAAGAAAGUUAUUUAAGAAUUAUAUUUUUUCAAAAUAUAAAAUUCGUGCCAUAGAAUCGAUACUCAUACAGAUUGCCCAGAUAGAUGAAAAUAACUUUACGCAUCAUGAAUCGUACAAAGAAUUGGACAUCUCAUCUGAUGAGUACUUAUUAUGUAUUCAGAUUGUAUGUCGUUAUCUUAGACAAAAUGAACAGAAGGAUACACCAAAUUAUGAAAAAUACAAAUCCAUAUAUAAACAUCUUAAAAAACUUUUGCGUGGAAAUCCAAGUGCACAGGUUCAUACUGGUACUACUGAUGGUAAUGGUAAGGGACCCAUUCAGGGCAUACCAUUGGUGGUGGAUACACAAGAUGAUAAGAAUAUAUCAAAGAAGAAGAAGAAGAAGAAGAAGAAAAAAAAAAAAAAAAAUAAUAAAAAUAAAAAAGAUAAAAAUGUUGUCACGGAAGAGGAUAUUUCACCCAUUUGCACCAAUGAAGAGGGAGAAAAUAUAAAUAUAGAGGAAAUUUGUGUUAGUUCUAAUCAUAGAAGACGACAAAUUAAGAAAAAGAAAGGUAUGAAGGAAAAUUUCAUUUCUUCAGUCAAUGUAAUUUCGAAGAAUUUCAUUACACAGGAAGAGGAAGAAGAAGAAGAAGAAGAAGAAGAGGAGGAGGAAAAUCAAUCAAAAGAGACAAAUAUAAAUACAAAAAGACUUCUCAAAAUAGUAAAUGAAGAAAUUAAAAAACAAGAUUUAGAAAUAAGCACUUUGAAAAUAUCACUUGAGUCAAUUGGAAGGGAUGUUAAGCUGCUAUUAAAAAGAACUAACAUGGAAAUUGAUUCUUUGGAAGAUCAUGUUGACAAUUCCAGAAGGAAUCAUUCUCCAUAUUGUAUCCCUUCAAAGUUUAUACCAUUUAAGGACGAUCCUUCUUCAUAUCACAACUUUGUCUACAAAAAAGUGGGAGGAGAUGAAAAAUAUAAAUAUUAUAAUACCAAUGAUUAUCUCAUCAUGCACACAAAGAAGCCCAUCACCAUUCACCCCACACAUGUUACCAUAAACAUAGGAGAUGUAGAAACUUUCAAGGAAAAAUCAUUCAUCUUGAUAAAGCUACUGAAUGAACACAUUUGUAAAGAAGAAACAUCAAAAAGUAUAAUUGGGAAGAACCCAAUGAAAGGUAAACUAUCUCUGAAUUACUUGAACGAAGAAAUAGAUAGGCUCAUUGGCAUUAUUACUGCUUAUAAUAAACAGUAUAACUGUGUUGAAGAGAAAUGGAUUCAGCCAUGGAACUUAUCCGUGUACAAAUCCGGUUGGGAAGGAGAAAAGGAAGAAAUUGCAGAUGUUGCAGAUGUUGCUGAUGUUGCAGAUAUCGCAAAUGUUGUAGAUGUUGCAGAUGUUGCAGAUGUUGCAGAUGUUGCAGAUGUUGCAGAUGUUGCAGAUGUUGCACUUGACGAGGAUGCCCAUGUUGAAGAACCUGCUGAAGCACCAACGAGGGAGGAAACUAUAGGAAUCAGCGAAAUGGGCGAAAUUGUACAUAUGAAAGAGAAAAAUGCAUGCUUGAAAAUGGACCAAAGUGAUGAAAUAAAUAAAAAAGACAUUAACAUUAUGGCUAGUGAAGGCCCUGUAAAAAAUAGAGCACUAAAUGGGAUGAAAGAAAGUGAAAACAAAUUUUCAAUAUAUUCAUAUGGCACAAAGACAUUCCUAGGGAAAAAUAACAAAAGUAUGCAAACAAAAAAAAGAGAAAAGAAAAAAAAAAACAGCACCAAGAAGUAUGUUUGUAAUUCCAUGACCAACACACUGAUGAAGGACAACAAGCUCAAUGAAGAACUUAUAUCUAUGCAAAACAGCAAGAGGGAAGAUAUGAUAAGGUCUCAUGAUAUUUAUUCCGAUAUGCCCAUUGUUGCGAAUUCUGCAUAUAGAAGGAAAAACUACUUUCAAGAAUAUAUGAAGUAUUGUCAUGAAGGAGAGGGUGAGGUGGAGAAGGGCGAGAAGGACGAUAACUGGCAGAAUGGUGAUAACUGGAAGAAUGAUAAAUGUGCAGCAUUGCAUAAGCCUCUUCACAUGCUCGCCAGAGAGGGGAAAAGCACAGACCUGAAGGAACGUGAAAAUAAUGUGAUAAACAAUUUUUCUAAAUUAAAGAAUGAAAGAAAAGAAUCUUAUCAUAUAAAUCCAUCCCUAGAAAUGAAUAUUGAUUCCAUAACAAAUCAGAUGAAUUUGAAUAAGAAAGAGACGAAAAAGAACAAAACUGAGGAAGAGAAAAAUGAACAAGGUGAAAAAUCGAAUGUUGACAAAGGAAGAUGUAAGGAGGAGAGGGAACAUGUGGAGAAGGAGCAUAUCGAAGAAGAGAACCAGAGGGAAGAGAACACUGAGGAGUGUCUAUAUGAUGAAGAAAGGUUGAGUGAUAACACAACGGGGAGUGCCGACAGUGUAGUUUACAACUAUAAUUUGUAUAAUGCCAUUUACGACCUAAAUGAACACUUUUCCAGUGUCGUAAAGAAUAUGUAUUUGGAUAAAGGUACCAGAGGAGAGAUUGGGAAUACAGAAGAAUAUGAAAAGGAAAAACUGGAAAAAUUGGAAAAAUCAAAGAUAAAAUCAGAAAAUAUCAAGACAGAAAAUAUGAAAGGAAAAAAGAGAAAGCGAAACAAAGGGGGGAAAGUCAAAGUCCAGGAGCAUAUGGACGAAUCUGCAAAAAAAGAGAGAAAAGCAGGAGACUCACUUGUCAAUGGAGAAAGUUCACAAGUUGAGAAAUUGCUAGAGGAAAAGUUAAAGAGAAAGGCAAAAAAGAAGGAAGAAAAAAAACGAAGAAAAGAAAUGAUGAAGGAAGAAAAGAGGAAAAUGAAAGAAGCGAAAGAUGAGGAAAAGAAAAAAAGAAAAGAAAAAAAAAGGGAGGAAAAGAGGAAAAUGAAAGAAGCAGAAAGGAAGAGGAAAAGGGCAGAGAAGGAGAAAAGGGAAGAGGAGGAGAAAAGGGCAGAAAGGAAGAAGAAGAAGAAGAAGAAAAAGACAGAAGCAGAAAGAAGGGAGAAAAAGGCAGAAAAGGCGAAACGUGCAAACAUAUCGAAUAGAUCGAAAGAGGAGAAUAAACAAAUGGAAGGAAGCAUGAGAGAAAAUUCCUUAAGUAGAGAUGACAACUCCAAUGAAGAAGGACCAAUAGUACCUGUGCAAAACGACGAUUACAAUUUUAUUGAUGCAAAGUGUAAUGAGAAGCAGAAGAGAAUGAUGAUGACCCAAGGUUUGUGUGGAAAAUCCAUCUAUGAUGAAUAUAUAACUCAGGAAAAAGCCAUUAGAGGAAUUAUCAGGAAAAAGUAUAUACGGGGAAUCCUCAAUGUCAGGAGGUUCGAUUAUGGAUUUGUGAUUUGUAACGACAGAAAAAUUCACAUCACGUCCAAGAAAGAUAUGAACAGAGCAAUAGACGGAGACACCGUGGUGAUAAAACUGAAGAAGGUGAACGAGGGAGGAAGCGACGCGAAUAAGCAUGUGAGGAAGCAAUUUACUAACCAAGUGUCGAAGCAAUUUACUAACCAAGUGUCGAAGCAAUUUACUAACCAAGUGUUGAAGCAAUUUACUAACCAAGUGUCGAAGCAAUUUACGAACCAAUCGAAUAUGAACUCGAAUGGGAACCCUAAUUGGAAGCCAAAUGGAGAGACGGAGGAGGAAUGUACAGGUAAAAUUGUUUACAUAGAGGAACACCACGGAUCGAAUAUAAAGUACGUAUGCAUAUUCAGAGAAAAGAUGAGGAGGCAAAAGUAUAGUAUGGCAAUACCAUUUAAAAAGAACAUCCCAUUCAUUAAAGUAGAAAAUAAACAUAUCAUCGAAUUCAUGAAAAAAUGUAAUGUUAUAGAUAUAAGUAAUCAGUUAGUAUAUAUAAAAAUAUUUCAAUGGAAUUCAAAUGAAAUGUUUCCAGAAGGGAAGAUCGUUGAAAUACUUGGACAAAAUGAUUUAUUUCAUAACAUGCAAAAUGCUAUAUUACUGAAUCAUAAUUUAAAUUUUAAUUUAAAAGAACCGUUAGAAGAUGAUUAUUUAAAAGAUUUAAAAAAUAAAUAUAUUUUAUACACCGAUAUAGUAAAAGAGGAAAUAAAAAGACGAACUGAUCUAACCAAAAAAUGUAUUUUUACCAUUGAUCCUGAAACUGCAAGAGAUUUAGAUGAUGCUAUUAACAUUAGCAGAAUAAGCAAAAAAAGAAUAAUGAAGUGUAACUUUUACAUCCAAGUUAUUCACAAUUUAGUAGCACACAAUGGUGAAAUUGAGGAGUCCAUUUUGGACAAAAAUCUACCCCUUUUCGUUAAGGAAGAUAACAACUUUUUUGAAAAUUUAAAAAAGAAUAAAUAUAUUCAAGAGAUGGAGGACAUUAAGUAUGAAAAUUUCGUUAAAGGGAAAAUGGAAGAGAAAAAGAGGGAGCAGAAGAGGGAGAAAAAGAGAGAAAGGAAGAGGGAGGAGAAAAGCAAAAAAAUAAAAGACGAUACAAAAACCGCUAACCACAAUGGGGAGAAAAAGAGGAAAAAUCAUCCAGAAGCAUCACUUGCUCAUGUACACAAUCAGGUCAAGCAGUUCAGCGAGAACCAAUAUCAUGAGAAACGUCAAAAGGGCAGUGCCACGAUCCAUAUGGAGGAGCAGUACCCUCUGCAGGAAAGCAACAGUAGCAAGGAAUAUCUAGACAAUCACUACAACAUCGUGAGAAGUAACAAAAAUGAAAAAUGGAAAUAUGAUUUUAUAGGGACGUCGAAGAAUUACAUGGACUUCUCAGAAUCGGGUAUAGACACGGGAGGAGGAAGUUCCCGUAGUACCACCCAUCAAGGAGAAAAACACAGAGAUAAUCAAAAACAGAAAAAAAAAAAAAUUACAGAAAAUUUUGAAAAUCAGUUUGAAGAUGAUACCUAUACAUAUAAUUCUGAUAUGGGAAAACAAAAUGAGGAAUCACAUAUUUUAGAACACAAGGAAGAAGGAGCAUAUGAAAGUUUUCAUUGGAAAAAACGGAUUGAAAAAGCGAAAAAGAUAUCUACUCCAAGGAUUCAAGAGGAGAGGAAAAAAACGCAUGGCAUUAUGAUAACACCCAGUGUAUCUGAGUUCACUUCAGAGAUUGGUAACCAACGUGAUGAUCACAGCGAACUUUCGCAUCUAAAUUCGCAAGAAACACACGCUGAAUUGAAAAAGAAGAGGAAGAUGCAGCGGGUUCAGAAUAUUUUUUCAUCGAAACGGGAUCAGCAGUACCAUAUGAAUGACACCUGGGUUGGGGGUGGAAGUAGCAUUGAUGGAAGCGUCGAUGGUAGAGUGGAACAGGUGAAAAAAGGAGAACAUAUCAAGAAUCGCAUGAAGAAGUAUAAACACCUUUUUAAAAAAUAUCUGAAUGAGGAUAUAGGAAGUUAUGUACUUAGUAAUCACGAUUUAUUUUGCAAAAAAUGCAAACGUUUUGUAAGCAUGAGUGAGAUAAUGAAAGAAAUGGGUCCCACCAAAUGGAAAAAAUAUAAUUUAUUUGAAGUAGGAGUACAUAUAACAGAUGUGUCUUUUUUUAUUAAAGAAAAUUCAUCUCUAGAUAUUGAUGCACGCAAUAGAGCAAUGACUAUUUAUUUGACACAUACAUGUUUCCCUAUGAUAUCUCGAAUUUUAAGUGAAUCUUUGUGCAGUUUGGAUCCAACCAAUAAUCGAUUAUGUGUGUCUGUUUUUUUCUACAUGGAUAGUUCAGGAAAAAUUGAUCACAAUUCCUUUUUCAUCAAGGAGAGUAUAAUAAGUAGUAAAGUGAAGUUUACAUAUGAGGAGGUAUAUCUCAUUAUAAAAAAUUAUGUAAAGUUAAGAAAGAUAAUCAAUCAAUUUGUAAAAGAACAGAAAAAUGUGCGUGUUUCUCGCAUUCCUAAAUACAUUGCAGAAGAAAAUCACGUCAGUAAAAUUCAAUCAAUUCAAUGGGAAAAAAGACAAGACGAUCCUAUCACCAAUGAGCACAGAGAGAGGAAAAGCAACACAUCCCACAGUGCCUCCACUCCCCCAUUAGAUGCCACCCCGAUAGAGAUGUGCACAUCUGUGAAAAAAAAUCCGAUUGAAAAAGAUCAAGUUAAUAGGAAGAGCAGUAUAUACAGAAAAUUUCUGAACUUUCAUUUUUACGGCCAGAAAAAAAAAAAAACAAGUAGCAUUUGCGAAGGUGUAGAAAAAGAUUUGCCAAGCGCGUUACAAAACAAAUUUGAACAUGACAAGAUAAAUGAACAGAAAAAGGAGAGAUUGUCGGUGCACAAUCAGCAUGAACAGAUAGUAUGGUCGUCACCCCUGUCCCUGGCAUCUUCAGCAUCAUUAGCAGCUGAAAACAAAACGAGGAAUUGCUUAAAGGAGGAAAGGGAGGAUUUAUGCAUGGUGAAUCGAAACAAAAGCAAAAGGGUGAAGAAUGAAAACAAGUUGAUGAACGAACGAAUUUUGCAAAACAGUGAGGUAAAACAUGGAAUAAAAAUAAUAAUAGGUAUUUUCAAAUCAUUAAAUAAUAAGAAUUAUAAACUAUCAUACAAAAAAAUGUUUCAAAUUGUAAAAAAUUUAUAUUAUAUGCAUAAAAUUACAAAACGGGCAAGAGUAAUACGAAGGAAUAAUGGAUCUUUACUUUUUAACAACAAUAAAAUGAAUUUUAUACUAUCCAGUACAUGUAGCCCCAUAGGAAUUGUAAAGAAUAAGUACACUUUUGCAAAUUAUUUAGUAGAAGAAUUAAUGCUAAGUGCUAAUAAAUUAGUGGCAAUUCGUCAAUACUUCAGCAAAUACAGAGAUAUUUCAGUUUUCCGUUGUCACACUUUGGGAAAUAUUAUUGAAACAAAUGAUAUUAUUGAACUUUUAGAAAAACAUGGAAUAUAUUUACAAGUUUCAAAUUUGAGACAUAUUCUAAAAUUUCUAGAUGAAGCACGAAAUAUCUUGAAACAAACAAAUAAAAAUAUAUCCGACAUUGUUUGUGCAUAUGCAAAGAAAAAAAUGAUACGCGCAGAAUAUCACACUUUUAAACAUAUAAAGGAUAACAAAAUGAGCACGUAUCACUACGCUCUUUCUUUUCUUCUAUACACACAUUUUACAUCUCCCAUUCGGAGGUACCCAGAUAUAAUGGUUCAUCGUAUAAUGAAGAGAAUCAUCAGUGAUGAAAACAAGCUCCUGGCUCACGUCUCCACAGCGCAGGAGAUCUUGACCUCUGUGGACACCUCGGACGUGGAUAUCAUCGAAAAAAUAUGCGAAAAUUGUAACAACUGCAAGGCAAAAUCCAAAUGGGCCCAGAUAGACUGUGAAAUUGCCUUUUUUUGUUUGUAUUUGCAAAAGAGAGACUACCCGGGGUACAACAGAGGAAUCAUCAUGGAUAUAUACAGAGACAAGUCUUCCAUAUUCUUUAAAUCAUUCUCCUUUGAAAAUAAUCUCUACCACAGCGGCUUCGAAAAGCAUAUUAACAAAAUGAAUAAGAAUCAUCAGGAAUUUCUGAGCAACUAUAUUAUUCAAGCUAAUACUGUCAAGCAGGAGUUGACUCUUAUUGUGUAUAGUACUAAUAAGAGAAAGGUGCAUUUACGAAGGGUAUACAAGCGCUUCGAUUAUAUCCCUUUGUAUUUUUUCCCACUGAAUACAAUGCCUCCCUCUUAUUUCUUGGCUGUCGCACUUGAGAAAUGA